AUGGGAGGCGGACCCGACAAGGAACACCUCCUUAUCGUGCUCUAUGAGCCAGAACCCAAACAUCUCACGGCGGAAAUUAAGCGCCGAUUCCCCUAUUUCGACAUUACUUAUUUCCAGCUGAAUGUUAUGCUGGGUAGACAUGGCGGAGAGGCGUCCAAGUCGGUUCCAAAAGAACUGUGGCAAUCGGCAACCAUCCUCAUCACCCUUUCAGCCCUUCCUGAACGACCGGAAGAUGCUCCCAACCUCAAGCUCAUCCACCUCUUCUCCGCCGGCGUCGACCACUACAUCACGCACCCGAUCUUCACCCACAGCGACAUCGCCAUCACCACCUCGUCGGGCAUCCACGGCCCGCCCAUCACCGAGUGGAUCGUCAUGACCACCCUGAUCGCCAGCAGGCACUACGCCACCGAGUACGAGUGGCAGAAGCAGCACCACUGGGGCACCGAGCGCAAAAUGUUGACCGCCGGCACCGACUGGGUCGGCAAGACGGUGGGCAUUGCUGGCUAUGGGAGCAUUGGGCGUCAAGCCGCCCGCGUCUUUUCGGCCCUGGGUGCCAAUGUUCACGCCUACACCGCGAGCCCGCGCUCGACGCCGGCCUCAAGAACCGACACCGGCUACACCAUCCCCGGGACAGGCGACCCGGACGGCACGAUCCCGCGGGCAUGGUACUCGGGGACGUCGAAAGCGUCUCUGCACGCGUUCCUGUCCUCGGGACUGGACGCGCUGAUCAUCGCGCUGCCCCUGACGCCUUCGACACGGCACAUGUUUUCGACGGCCGAGUUCGACAUCCUAGGCCGCACGUCUUUGCCGAGCAAGAAAUCCCGCUCGUGCUUCGUGAUCAACGUCGCGCGCGGCGCGCUGCUCGACCAGCCCGCCCUCGUGGCCGCCUUGAACAAUGACGUGCUCCUCGGCGCCGCCCUCGACGUCACGGACCCAGAACCCCUCCCCAGGGACGACCCGCUCUGGGACGCAAAGAACGUCAUCAUCACCCCCCACAUCAGUGGCCUGGGCACCGAGUAUUCCCAGCGCGCGUAUGACGUCUUCAUGGUCAACUGGGCCCGCAGGGAGAAGGGCGAGAAGAUGUUCAACCUUGUCGAUCGCCGGAAGGGGUAUUGA